AUGGCACAGAUCUUCUCCAUACCCGUCCAAGUCCUCAUCGUCUAUAGAGCUUCCGCUGGCUUGAUUGGUAUACAUGCUUGGGAGCUAACCGGUCACCAACUUAACACUGUUGCCAAAAUAACCAUGGCAACGACAGUGUUAUACUCACCGGGGCUGGCUUUUGCGAAACCAUCAUUUCUAUGCUUUUAUUUGAACUUGAACCCUGGGAAGGGGUUUCGCAUCAGCGUAUAUUUGACCAUGUUCGUCGUAAUCGGAUCCUGUGUUGGCAUCGUCGUUUCGCUGCUUGCAGCCUGCAGACCAUUUACGAAGAAUACAGAUGUCACAGUAAGAGAAGGACUAUGUUUGAACAAGGCGGCAUUGUAUAUCGCUACUUGGGUACUCAACAUCAUUACGGACAUCAUCGUGUUGAUAUUGCCUAUCCCCAUGGUCUUGGCACUGCAAAUGGUCAAAUCCCGGAAGAUCAUGCUGAUCCUGCUCUUCAGCGCCGGCUCCAUUACAUGUGUCACGAGUGCUGUACGCGUCGCGUUACUUCCUCCAAUGCUCACUUCGAAAGAUUCGUCUUGGGACACGGUGUACCCUAGUCUGUGGAUCCUGAUUGAAGCCAGCCUCAUCAUCAUUACUGGUACGCUCCCAACCAUGCGUCUGUUCUUGCGACACGUGGCGCCCACUUUGAUUGAUGACUCAGAGCCUGCCCGCAUGUUGACCCCACACCGUGAGAGCGGUUGGGAGCUACAGUAUCGCCGAACAAAUGAUCCAUACGAGAUUGAAGAUGGGUCAUCUGAAAGGGGAAUAAUUUCUAUAAAGAGCGAGCCAUCUUGA